AUGGAUGUGGAAAUCAUAGUUGUGCUGAAAAAGAAACCGAUUCUGAAACCAAAAGAAGAAUCGAAGUUGGGCAAAAUCAGAAAAGAGAACUGGAGUGUGGUGUACCAGAGGAAGACUGAUCAGAAAGUUCAGAGAUGUAUAUUCUUUUUGCUAGAUAAACACGUACAUUCAACAUAUGCCUUGAACUACAUCUUGGAAUUAACCGAAGCGUGCAAAUUGAAUGAUGAUGGUGAUAAAAAAUGCUUUUACAACAUGAUCAAAUGCAUAGAACGAGAUUCUACAUACUCCGACGAUGCGUCUCUAUGCUCCUGUGUUGGAACAAUCACUCUGUUUCCGAUUAAUCAUAUUAGCAUUCGAAUCAGCGAAGGAAAUUUCGACAGCCUGAGGUAUGCAGAUAAGGAGAAUAUUAAUAAAGUAUAUGACAGUACGCGGUGGAUUUUGAGAGCUGGCGGCGGCGGAAGCCGGAUGACGCUGGAGAACCGAGAACGCAUCAGGUUCACAGUCAACAUCUGA